GCGAAGUUUCCCGUCUCGUGGUAUAUAGGCAAGCAUCUCGACCUAACAGCCCCGUCGCAGCACGGCCAGAAAGCACCCUACGAUGGGAAGCACGAUGUGCGGCCGUUCACUAGGCGCAUCGUUGCGGUGGGCGACCUCCACGGCGACAUGCCGAACGCGCAGAAGGUGCUUCAGAUGGCGGGAGUGGUCGAUGGAAAUGGCGACUGGUCGGGCGAAGUUGACUUCUUCGUGCAGACGGGCGACAUCAUCGACCGGUGAGCUAUGAAAUGAAAUGACUGCACGGGUGGAUUCGAGAGCCCAUGUGUUUGCUCGCAGAGGAGAUGACACCAUUAAGCUGUACUUGUGGAUGGACAAGCUUCGCGAGCAGGCUCAUGCCGUGGGUGGCACGGUCCUGUCGCACCUAGGUAACCAUGAGUGGAUGAACGUUAUUGGUGACUGGAGAUACGUCCGCCCCUCCGAAAUCAAUACCUUCGGCGGCGUCGCGGCGCGCCAACGGAUGCUCUCCACCGGUCGCAUCGGCAAGUCUUGGGCAGCAAACUACACCGUAACCUCCCGCCUACCUCUGCACCCCUCCCUCGGGCCGCCCAACACCGACUACGUCUCCUCCACGUCCACCAACGUCCUCUCGCACGCCGCCCUGUCCUUCGUGCACGGCGGUCUCUCGCCGACCUACCACGACCUCACCCCCUUCCCGUCGCGCAUCAACGAACUGGGUGCGGGUCUCCUCCGGAAGAUCCACUCGCACCCGCCUCCGCCGCCCUCGCCGCCGCAUCCGUAUACAGGCCUUCCCCCGGAUGCGACGGAGGCGGAGAGAGAGCUGUAUGGCGGAGAUGGGCCGCUGUGGUAUCGCGGAUGGGCACUGGACUCGGAGCACAAGGUGUGCAGCCUGGUGGAUGAUGUCCUGAGAAGGACGGGCACACGGAGAAUGGUCAUGGGCCAUACACCGGACUUUGAGCAUAUCACCUCGAGAUGUGGCGGGAAGAUCAUCAUCAUCGACACUGGUAUCUCACAUGCGUAUGGCGGCGUGCUCUCCGCGCUCUCUAUCGAGUAUACGCUCACUCCGCUAUCCCACUCGGAUUCGACCUCGCCCUCUGAUACUCGAUGGCAUGAGCGCGAAGUAGUCACGGCGUUGUAUCCCGGCCGACGUGAGGUCCUCGCUAACGACGAGCGGGAAAUCCGAGGUGCCAUCCAUGCACCGUGAACCGAUCCCGGUCUUUUGGUGUUACGAGGCUCUAGGUGUGUCCGCUUUGUAUCGCAUUUCGAGUAACUUAUUAUGUUGUUGGACUAUGGAUUGUUAAUGUUGUCCCUCUGAAUUAUUGGCACCAUGAUAGAACAUCGCGUGGUUCGUUGUGACGUACCAAUGUCAUGAACUGCAUACAACGCGUCUGUCAGAAAUCUGUGGUCGCCGCAUUGCAGCC